ACCUCCUUUACGAAACAAAACACAAAGCAAGAAAUGGCCAGUCCAAGCACUGGAUAUCAAAUUCAUAGUAUUAAUUUCAAUCCUCAUAUUCUUUCUCCUUCAAGGACUAAAUUCACUUCUCUAUCUUUAAAUUUCUCUAAUGCUAAACACCCAUUAAAAUGGAAUCACAUUGGGUCCCCCAGAAUGUUUACUGUACCAGUUGUUUCAAUAAUGGCUUCCAGAAGUUCAAGAGAGUUACUUCCUCCUGCCCUUGAUUCCUCUUCAGAGCCUCCAGCAAUCUUUGAUGGAACUCCAAAGCUUUAUAUCUCUUACGCAUGCCCAUAUGCUCAACGUACGUGGAUCGCUAGAAAUUUGAAUCAGGGGCUGCAGGAAAAGAUACAGUUGGUUCCCAUUGAUCUGAAGAACAGGCCAGAUUGGUACAAGGAGAAGGUUUAUCCAGCAAAUAAGGUACCAUCACUGGAACACAACAAUGAAGUUAAGGGAGAAAGCAUGGAUCUCAUUAGAUAUAUUGACAGUAACUUUGAAGGACCUUCACUUUUCCCAGAUGAUCAUUCCAAGAGAGAAUUUGCAGAAGAAUUAUACUCCUACUUUGACUCCUUUUACAAAGCGGUAAUUUCGUCUUUGAAGGAAGACAAACUAAAUGAUGCCAUUGCAGCAUUUGAUUUCAUUGAGACUGCUCUUUCCAAGUUUGUCGAUGGACCUUUCUUCCUUGGUACGUUCAGUCUUGUGGAUAUAGCUUACGCCCCAUUCAUUGAAAGAUUCCAGCCCUUCUUGCUCGAGGGAAAGAAAUAUGAUAUUACAACAGGCAGGACAAAACUUGCAGCAUGGAUCGAGGAGAUGAACCAAAUUGAGGCUUAUACAAUAACUAAACGUGACCCGAAGGAGCAUCUGGAAAGCUAUAAAAGACGUUUCUUGUCUCAGGUCUGAGCUCUGUGAUUAUACUGCAUCCACAAUUAUGCUAAGAUUACUGUUGAACAGUUUAUAUGUGAAGGGGUCACUUGCUUCAUUAUAUUAGAAUCAUUUAUCUCAGCACGAAAUCCCACAUAAGAUAAUAUAGUGUUGUAUAACUAAUGUAGCAUUUGGUUGGCAGUAUUAAAUAAUACUAGCAUUAAGUUAUGAAAA